ACUUCUUGUUUUCACUAGAUAAGAUGGAGACUGGACGGGAAGGAUUGGAAGAAGAAUUUCUGACAGCUUGUAAACAUGGAGACACGGAGACAUUUAAUAGACUUCUUAGAUCUGAAAUAAAUAUAAACUGUAGAGAUGGAGAACCUUUAAGAGAAUCCAUCCGGAACAACUAUGUUGAGAUCUGGACCAGUUUAUUGGAAAACCCAGAGAUAAAUCCAAACCUGACGGAUGAGAACGGGAGAACAGCGCUCCACGUGGCAAACUGGUUCAAUAAGGAGGCUGCAGCAGCUCGUCUUGUAUCCAUGCCUGGAGUAAACCUGAACCUGAAGGAUAACUAUGGAAACACUCCGAUCAUGAUGGGAGUCAAGUACGGAACCAGUGAUGUUCUCGUGGUCAUGCUCAACUGCAGAGGGGUUGAGAUAAUGGAGACUGAUGCCCAGGGUAGAGGAUUGGAGGAGUAUGCCCGGGAUAGUUGGAGGAUGAGUGAACAAGAGAAAACGGAGAUUGUAGAGAUUAUAACCCUAGAGAGGAGAACCAGGAUAAGAGAAACCUGCAGGAUACAGGAUGCCCCGACCCCUAGCGUGUGCAAGAAGGAGGUUGGCGUGCUCCGGGAGCGUGUAAACCAGAUGCUGGAUGAUCUCAACAGAAGUUUUGAGAGAGAUGAUGAGGAUCUUAAAGGAGGUUGGGAAUCAGAAACUCAAAGAUUACAGAUCAAACAUGAGAAGGAGAAGAGAGCCUUAAAGGGGAGGCAGGAGAGGAUAUUCUGCGACCUGGAGAGCAAACACAGGAAGGAGAAGAAUGAGUUAAUGACCAAACAGACCAAGCAGACCUAUGAGAUGAAGAUGAGACAAGGACGGGAGACAGAGGAGAUGAUUGAGAGACAAAGGGAGGAGAAGAGUAUGAAGGAGAUAGAGAAGAAUAAAAGAAUUAGUAAAUGUAUCAACAUGCUCCAACCUGCCUCUAGUCCAACUUCUAAACUAGACAAAACUGAGGAAGCAGUAGCAGGGUUACUGCAGAAACUGGCCAAGGAGACUGAGUGUCCAAUAUGUUUACUGGAGAUGAAAGAACGCGUCUUUCAGUGUGUUUCAGGACAUACAAUCUGUGAAUCUUGUCACGGACGAACAGAGAUAUCUAGCUGUCCCACCUGCCGGUCAGAAUUCAUAGGUCGAGCUAUUGCUGUGGAGAAAAUGAUACGAACUAUCAGAGGACAAAACUAAAUUGAGUCAGAAACAUUUAAACUGAUAAUAUUAACUAGAGAUGGGUUAAACUCUUUGGAGGAAUGACUAACUCAGUCCAUUUAAAAGUUAUCAGCUUUGCAUUUAGUUUAGAGCUUAUACAUAUCAAUCAAAAUUAUUAGUUCUGUAUCUUAACUUUUAAUAAAUAUGCAUCUUAGAA